GAUUAAAAUCAGUUAAAAUUUGGAUUUGCGUGAGUGCGUCGCGCAUUCUUUCAACCUACAACUCUAGUGCCUUUCCCGGUUAAAAAUAAUUCCGCAAUGGCUGAUGCCGUCGAACAAAACGGACAUGCGGAGAACGGAGACGUACCCGAAAUCGAGCUAAUUAUCAGGGCUUCCACCAUAGACGGCAGGCGCAAGGGGGCCUGCCUCUUCUGCCAGGAGUACUUCAUGGAGCUGUACCUUCUCGCCGAACUGAAAACCAUCAGCCUCAAGGUCACCACCGUCGACAUGCAAAAACCGCCGCCCGAUUUCCGCACGAAUUUCGAGGCGACGCCGCCCCCCAUCCUCAUAGACAGGGGCAUGGCCAUUUUGGAAAACGAAAAAAUCGAAAGGCACAUCAUGAAGAGCGUCCCCGGCGGACACAAUCUCUUCGUACAGGAUAAAGAAGUAGCGACGCUAAUAGAAAACCUGUACACGAAAUUCAAAAUGUACGUCAGAAAAUUCGAGUCCCCCGACACGAAAGAAAGCCAACAGCCAUUACUCUCGCAUCUCGAAAGGAUCAACGACUUUUUAGGCAAGCGAGCGACGAGAUUCCUCACGGGGGACACCAUGUCGUGCUUCGAUUGCGAACUAAUGCCCCGGCUGCAGCACAUCCGCAUCGGGGCGAAGGCCUUCCGAAAAUUCGAAAUACCGACGACGUUCACGCACCUGUGGAAUUACAUGGCGAACAUGUAUGAGCUGGAGGCGUUCAUCCAGAGCUGCCCGGCCGAUCAGGACAUCAUCAGCCACAUCAAGAACCAGCUGGGGCUGAAGACGACGGCGAGGAUCGAAUUGGAGACGCCGGUUUACACGACGGCCAUUCCCGUGCUGGCCGAAUCGUAAGGGGCGGUUUCGUGGAGGCGAUGUCAGUUUCGGGGUAGGUUUUUUUUUCAUUGUGGGCCAGUUAACUUGGCGAUUGUUGGGUCGCUGGGACGAUGCGAGAUCAAUUUUGUCGAACAAAUUGUGGUUUUGUGGCGCCGCGAAACUGACUUCGUAUCUGUUUUAUGAUGCAUUUUUUUUUUCACCCUAAACCUAGUCAGAGGAAGAAAUUGACGGGCGGUUUCUUCCUUUAACUAAACAAUUUUUUUUUUGGAAUUUUUUCGACUACUUAAAUUUACGAAGAAUGAAUCGGCAUUUGACAAAAUGUGAUGAGAAAUUAUUUAUAUACCAGUUAUUUUUUUUUGUUGUAAAUAAGGUCCUUUAUUUUAGAGUUUGGUAGGUUUUUGAAUAUCGAGAUUUUUUUUGGAAAUAUGUAAAAAUUGCUUCCUAAUUAACAGAAAGUGUAAAUUAAGUUUAAUAGUUUUUCAUAUUGUACUGCAGUUAUUUUUUAAGUAAAUUGAGUUAACAUUGUAUUUUUAAUUAAUAAAGGCGUAGUAGUUAAUAUUUUUU